CCCACAUUCAUCACCCAAAUUCGCAACUGCUCAAAAGGCCAAAUGGCACCAAAACUAGGAAUAAAGUUCGCGGCCCACAAAAAUAAGUCUUCGGCUGGCCAGGAUAGGAAGUUGUAUGAGUGGGGAAUGAUGAAUGAAUGCUAAGCCGCUUAUCAGUACUGGCACUACUCUUUACUUGGAACUGACACCAACCGUUACCGAGCUGGGGUUGUGCUUGUCGGUCAACUCCAAGGUAGCCGAAUACAACUCCUAUCACUACUGGAACAACCACAGAUGGGACCUCAUUCCAAGCAAACCAACCGUAGUGGUGCACCCUUUAGAUGGGGAAGUCUAUGGGCAACUGAUCAAGCUGGAAAACUCAUACGAGGUGUACUUUCACGGGUACAUGGAAGUCCCGGAGAUCUCCAAACGAAGAUACUCAUUUUUGGAAGCGUUUUAUACAACCGUGGAACUUCACGCGCUGGAAAUUAAGACAUCGCCAAAAGCCGUUGAUUUGUCCGUCUCACAACGCAAAUGCCGUUUCACCCACGAAGCUGAUGUUCUACAUUUCAGUCCCGUAUAUAGCUACAAUCUGUGUCGGAUAGAGUGUCGAAUGAGACUAGCAAUGAAAAUAUGCGGAUGCGUUCCGCAUUUUUACCGACAUGUUGCAAUUAAAACUCGCACCCAGCGUGCGAACAGCAUGCGAAUUUCCUCCCCUCCACGGACGCCUUUCCAGCAACCAUCAACCCGCUGGAAGCCGGACGAUCCACCAACAUAUCGUCCGGGCGAGGCCCAGGGGACCUCCACUUGGACAGGGUCCGUAAUUCGGUCCGUUUAUUCCACCACCAACCGCCAUCACAAGCUGCCACCGCGUGUCGCCAUCGCUGCAUCGUCGCUGCUUGAGCAGAGAAGCCAACCGUCAUCAACCAAGCAGGCGCUUGGUGUCAUCGUCGCCACCCAUUGA